GCAGAGCAGUUGAGGUGAACAUAAUAUUUAAUUCUUUAACUGCAGUUAACUCGCAAAAAUUAAUAGUUCUUAUAUAUUUAAAUGUUACUCCUCCUACCUAAGAAAUUUAUUUUUUCACAUAAAAAUCACAAUUGCGAAGUACCGCAAAUACUCUAUUUAUAGCAGGAUCUAACGAUAUUACAGAUCCAGCUACAAUUAAAAAAUUUGAUACCCGGGUCAAUUUUUUUCCGGUUAUAACUAAUUUGAAGCAUUUAUGUAGGAAUAGGCAUUAAACAAAUGCAAUAAUUAAAGAUAAUAAGCCUAUUAAAUUUUUCAAACUUAGGAUUAGGCUCAAAACCCGGCUGUAAAUAGAGUAUUUACGGUACAUGUUUAUUUACAUAUUACACAAUCCGUGCUAAUAAAUAAAUGCUUGUUGGAUUAUGGAAAUUGGUGAAUUGAAAUGUCACGAGUUUGACGUCCAGCUUGGGAGUGAUUUAGAAUUUGCACGUAAGCCUGAAGCAAUCACGCGUGCCUUCAAAACCUGCCAUGGAAUGGAGAUUGAUACAAGAAUUGGUGAAAUACGGUUGCUGCUGAGUGAACAAAAGGGGGUCAAGUCGGUGCCAAGUUUUUCCAUAGAUGAUAUAAAAUUCGUCUUCAAAAACUGUGGAAUUGGAAACGGAAUCAAUUUAGCGUUUUGCGACUUGGAAGAAUUUACAUAUUGCAAAUAUAUUCCGGCAACUUUACAGGAUACAAAUAUCCUUUCAACCCUACUUUCUGUUCGAAAUGUGUGCUACGAAUAUGCGAAAUUUUCCGUAAACGCGACAAAGACAAUUGAUUCAUCCGACUCCUUGAACGACCUGCACAUUCAAAUACAAUGCGGAAUGGUUGAGCCCACUGUAACCAUUCAUGGCGGCGGGAUUAUCAAAUAUAAUUUUACCGACGUGGAUGUCACACUAAUUUUAAAAAGUGGAGACCAAGUUGAAGACGACCAUUUCCUAAUUCUUACCAAUACUUGGGACGCAUUCUUGGCUUCAAAGCGUCAAUCCCACUCAAGACGGACAAUGUCCCGAUUCAACGAACUGACAAAACUCGUCGGCUCCACUGUGCUCCUUUUCGGCAUGCGUCGUAGCUACGAAAGCUCUCGAACUGCGAUUUCUCUUCACUUGAGCCGACCUCAGCCAAAUCUUAACUCGGACGAGAUUAACCCGCAGGAGUGGGAACGAAUUCAGAGUCGAGAAAAAGAUAUUUCCGCGGAUAUCAAGCAGUUUCGGACCGGGUGGGACCCCCCUCAUCCAAUGAAUAGGGAGGAAAAUGCUCAAAAGGAGUGGAAGGACAUUCUUAGAAGAUGUGAAAUGAAAGAGCAUCUCGUAGAUUCCAGCUUUAAAACUACAAUUAUGAACCAAAUUAGGGAACAUUUACGACUCGCGGACCAACGUCGGUUUGACUUCUGCGCGAAGAGUCUUUCCCAGGAUUACAAUGUUGAUUAUGGGAAAAUUCGUGCCUUAAUUCCAUCCUAUCUCGAUGGGAGUGCUGCCACCUUGAAAACCUUGACAGACCUCUGUGUCAGAGGAACGUGGAAGUAUGAACUGGAAAGGGCGGAAAAGUUGAUUGAUCAAUUUGAAAAGAUGGGCAUAAAAACUGAACUGGCUGAAGUUCCUUUUUUAGAAAUGCCAUUCGGUGGAGUUAGUGUGCAGCCCUUGAUAAAUUAUGAGGAAGCCGGUUCAAUAAUACUUAAAACGGAAAAUAAAAAUCCGAAUAUUCUUUCCAUUCCAGUCCUUUCUUUGUACGAGGAGGGGCAGACUGAAACUGAACAGUGCCCUUGGAUAUGAUGCAAUGUUUCUAUGACGAAAUGCAAAUAUCGAGAUUGAACCCGGUGAAAAAAUCUUUGGAAAGAAAUAAAUUUGGUGGAAAGCUGAGAAAAAAUAAGAAGCUUAGAAAGAAAGUUGGUAAAGCGAAGGCGACGAAAUUCUUGGUGUGGCUCCUAUCGCGAUUAUGAUUUAUAUUUAUUUCGCAAACAAAAUUAUUUUGUUACAUGUUAUUUUCUUGUAGUUUGUCUGGUUUCUUUGGAAUGAUUUGUAUAUUUGCUUCGUGUAUGUAGAGUAUUUGUUUUUCAAAAAGAUAACAUUGCUUUCAUGAUUGUAUAACAAGCAUAUUUGAAAAAUUUUUCUUUCGACAUACGAAAACGUUGCUAUGCGUGGUUUUUCAAUGUGAAUUAAAUAAAAGACUUGCCGAUAAUUAUUUCAAAAGUUGGACAAAAA